AACCAUACCAUAAACAUCUCAACUUUUUUAAUAACACGACUGCAAAACACGGCAGACGGCAACAACAAAUUAAUUACUUCAUAAAAAAAAUAGUUUAGUAAAUUCAUAUGAAGUUUAAGAAUUCUAUUAUUAGCAAAAUGGAAUCAGGUCUGAUGGAACCUACUCUUUAUUCUGUGGAAGCUAUAGCUAUUCUGGAUAAUGAUGGAAAUCGAAUAUUGGCUAAAUAUUACGGAAAAACUUUCCCAACAGCAAAAGAACAAAAAGCUUUUGAAAAGAACUUAUUCAAAAAGACACAUCGAGCUAAUGCUGAAGUUAUUAUGUUAGAUGGUCUCACUGUAGUCUACCGGAGCAAUGUUGACCUUUUCUUCUAUGUCAUGGGGAGUUGCCAUGAAAAUGAGCUUAUUUUGGUGAGUGUCCUGAAUUGCUUGUAUGAUGCUGUGAAUCAAAUUCUAAGGAAGAAUGUUGAAAAAAGAACUCUCCUUGAAAAUCUCGAUAUUAUAUUAUUAGCUAUUGAUGAAAUUUGCGAUGGAGGAAUUGUACUUGAAGCCGAUUCUACAUCUGUAGUACAAAGAGUUUCUGUGAGAUCUGAUGACAUUCCACUUGGAGAACAAACUGUAGCUCAGGUACUUCAUUCUGCAAAAGAGCAGCUAAAAUGGUCUUUACUGAAGUAAAAACAAAAAUUAACAGCAUUAUGUUUAUUGUCUUAUUGUAAUUUUUUUAUCUGUUAAGUAUGUUUGUGUUACUAAUAAAAUAUAUAAAAAUUGAA